AAUAGCCAUAGAGGAGAAGAAGAAGAAGAAGAUUUUUUGUGGUAUUUUUUAGCAAUUUGGGGAAAGCAAUUCCUUAAUUCAGUCAGUUAUAGUUUAGAUAGUGUCGAGGUGUGUCGUUUUCCCCGGGAGUGAAGUUAAAACUACCACGAUUACGUCUAAAAUGCAAAGCGUGAGCGCCCCUGGGGGGCAAGCUCCGCCAGUCAUCAGCACAAGUUCGACGAUCCUGAAUAUGCGGGAAAAAGAGAAGUACGUUGAAGAUUUCGAGUUCCCAUUCUGCGAUGAGUCUUCCAAAUACGAAAAAGUGGCCAAGAUCGGUCAAGGAACCUUCGGAGAAGUGUUCAAAGCUCGAGCUCGGAACAGUAGUAAAAAAUUCGUGGCAAUGAAGAAAGUACUCAUGGAUAACGAAAAGGAAGGGUUUCCUAUCACUGCCUUGCGAGAAAUAAGGAUACUACAGCGUCUGAAACACGAGAAUGUUGUGAAUUUGAUCGAAAUAUGUCGGACUAAGGCUACACUGCACAAUAAGUAUAGGUCAACUUUCUACUUGGUUUUUGACUUUUGUGAACACGAUUUGGCAGGUUUAUUGUCGAAUGUGAACGUGAAAUUCAGUCUCGGCGAGAUUAAGAAGGUCAUGCAGCAGCUAUUGAAUGGGUUAUACUACAUUCAUAGCAAUAAGAUCUUACAUAGAGAUAUGAAGGCUGCCAACGUUCUGAUUACCAAGAACGGUAUCUUAAAACUCGCUGACUUCGGUCUGGCGCGUGCCAUCAGUGUAGCCAAGUCUGGACAGGCUAACAAGUACACAAACAGAGUUGUGACAUUAUGGUAUAGGCCUCCGGAGCUGUUAUUAGGUGACCGCAACUACGGUCCUCCAGUCGACAUGUGGGGUGCUGGUUGCAUCAUGGCCGAAAUGUGGACACGGUCACCCAUCAUGCAGGGUCCAACGGAGCAGCAGCAACUGAUCCUGAUCUCCCAGCUGUGCGGUUCCUGCACGCCAGACGUGUGGCCUGGCGUGGAGAGCUUGGAUCUAUACAAUAAGAUGGAACUGCCUAAAGGACAGAAGAGGAAAGUCAAGGAAAGGCUAAAGCACUAUGUAAAGGACCCGUACGGCUGUGAUUUAUUGGACAAGCUGCUGCAGUUGGACCCAGCCAAGAGAUACGACGCGGAUACGGCUCUGAACCACGACUUCUUCUGGACGGACCCGAUGCCGUGCGACCUGGCGAGCAUGCUAGCGCAGCACACGCAGAGCAUGUUCGAGUAUUUGGCGCCGCCGCGACGCCCCGGGCAUUUGCGUCACCACCACCACGUAGCGGGAGCGCAGCCUAAACCGGCGCNCCCAGAAAGGGCCAAAACAGACGGUCCAUGA